CAUGGUAUGAGCACCUGCUUUUGUAAGCAUGAGAGGGUCAGCUAGGUUGUUGGUCCAGUGUUAGCCUGCACUUGCUCAUGCUAGGCGCACCUUUGAGACAUCUGGAGCAAUGUCAGUUGCAGAAUAGUACAGCGAUAACUUAAUUGCUUCUCUGAUUGCACAGAAACCAUGCAUUUUGAGCUGUGAUCAGAAGCAGCAACAGUUUGUCAUAAUCAUGAUAGAUGUCUUUAUGGAUGCGACUGACUCUUGACUUGCCCAAUCCCGCCGGCCAAUCAACCAAUCAAGAAGGUUUUUGGUUUCAAAUUUUGAAGAACAUGUGCAGUUUUGUAACAUUUACUACCAGGUUAUCUUCUAAACUGAUAACUUUCUGUCUCUUCGAUCCUCUUUUUUAAAUAAUUCCUAAAUGUCUGCAUAUCUUUUUUCACGCAAAAUAAAAAAUAAACAUUUGAAAUACUUUGUGAACUUUAAAAAUUUCUGAGGGCAGUAUCAUAUUAGAGAAGCAACAAUUAUAAUCGUGCUAUUUGAAAUUGCAUGCUUCACUUUAAAAAAAAAUGAUUUCGAUUGAUGCAUCGGCCCAUAUAUGUAACUAUGUACUCCCAUCCUUAUUCCCAGCCUGCUUUGAAUCGAUAGGUACAAACCAGACAACUUUAAUUUUGGAGGGCCCAUGAAAUAGUGCAUCAUGCUUGCUAUCAGUUCUGGCAUGGUUACCCUGUCAACGUCUCCUUACAUCUGGCUACGGCCUUGAGGUUGGUGCGGGGCCUGACGUGACCAAACCAAUUGUGGGAAGGACAGGGCAGCUAGCUUCUGUUGACCAGGCUAAUUCCACGAGCGUUCGACGAGAUUUCCGAGUCUGACAGAAUCAAGCGAAGAACAAGCACAAACCUUUGCUUUUCUUGCCCACCAAACAUUGACCUGGCUUUUGCCACACUUUGCUAAAAUCAUUUCCGGAAAAAAACAAUGUUUUGGGAGCUGUUCUGCAAGGCGGGAUACCGAGAUCACAAGACAUAUAUGCCGACUUUUCCCCCCUGAAAAGUAUUGUUUAUAAAAGUAUAGGGUAAAAUGAGCAUUUAUUUACUGAUCACACACGCAGGUACAAAUACUGAUCGUCAACAUUUUGUUUCGGGGAGACUGGUAGUGGUACGCGAGGAAUGAGAAAACAAGAGGUGUUCACCAAGGCUGGAAGAGGCAAGUUUUGUAGUUAACAAACUUAACGCUGGCUUGAAAUUUUAACCUUGUGUCACCAGCAAGUUUGCCACCACCUUCCAUUCUUCCACAGUAAAUUGCUCCUCCCUAUUCUUUUUGCCGCGGAGGCGAUGGAAAGCCACACAUCUACACAUUGGCUAAGGAAUAAGUUAUUAUCAGUGAAUUUUCUUUAUUAUUGAAUGUCUAUUUAAAGUUAGUAAAAACAUAACAAUUAAAAUGUCGAUUUUGGCGCUUUAAUUCUCCAUCCCAUCAGUCUUUUCUCCAAGCCACCACAAACUUCAUACAUCAUAGAAUUCAAGUCUGGGGUCAACACAUUCUUCCAAAUAUAUUAAUCCAGGCCAUUUUUCAAUCCUUAAAGGCCAACUUUGUUUCAGUCUUUGAACAAGAAAAUUCUCACCAGAAUAUAAAACGCCUACCUCGAUCAUUUUUAUGCGAAAGAAACAUAUCUUUUAGAAGGAAAAAUGACAUGUGAUGACUAUAACUAUACCAGAGUUAUAGUAGUUUAAGUGGGGUUUAAUUAGUAGCAGUGUGUUUUUGGUUUUGUUGGGGUUUUUGCCUUACAGCACUUAAACACUUUCUUGUUAGAGACUUUUAGUCUUGUACCAUUCGCCCCUAUUCUAGUUACUGACUACUGUUAGAUGGCUCGCUGGUCUUCACGUGUGUCGCCAAACGGCGAUCGAGAUCCAAGCUGCAUGGCUCUGGAAGGGAGGAGACAAAGCGCCAGAACGAGGCAGUGCGACCAGUGGGCCACUCCGCUCUCGCCACACAUUGCUAGUGACAGCAGGCGUCAGGCAGAAAUCAGAAAACCACUGCUCUCACCACAGAAUUUCGCCCAGCUCCUAUAGUGCCUUCCUUCAGCACAGAGGACGAAAAGAUUUGAAGCUGUUGCUGUAGAAUUUGUUUCUUCUUUUUCGCUCACUUCCUUCGGAAAGGUCUGUUUAUUAUUUUAAUUUCUCUCAUUUCAUAUCUGCUUCAUUGCCUAUUAAUUCUACUUGAGUAUAGUUGGCCCCUGUAUUGUGUCUUGCCACCGUACUUCGAUUCCUCAUUUUGGAGAUGAAAUCAAAAUUACAUGACCGUUUGGCUUCAUACGAUAGUUUCCUUAAUUUUAUUUUGACUUUUGCCAACUCCAGUUUUCUAAUAUUAUAGUGUUCCUCAAGUUCUUAAAUAUUGUUAACUUUAAUGUGAAGGCUAUUUUGUUAAAAGAAACUGUAGUUAUUUGUAAGAAUGUGAAAACAUAUAUUCUGAAAUAAUGUUUCUUUCUUCGUAUUUGGUUAAUGAGCUAUGCGUAAAGUGUAUUUGCACUUUCUAUAAUGGUUUCUAUAACAUUCUCUCUAUUGUGAUUUGUUUAAACAUACUAUACUAUAUCGAGAGCACUUUUAAUUUUUCUCAUAGUUUGAUUCUCGCUUGGAAUAAGAUUAUCUUAACACCUGCAUGCGUCUGAAAUAAUCUGACACAGAAGGACACUUAAAUUCUUGUCAAUCGUCUUGACUUCUAAAUAAAAAUGAGUAUUCGAUAUAUUAUCGAUGAUGAAUAUGCAUCAAUAUAACGCCUGGUGACGCAUAUCCUGCCUAUUUUCGAGACUGGAAAAUGUUUUAGUCUGAUUUCAAAAAGAAAAGCAACAAUAAGAAGGGGGUUACCAAAAGGUAGUUUACACGCUGUGACUUUUUUUUAAAAAAAAGACUGGAGGUAACGAUAUAGAUGGACGUUUAGCGGUAAUGGCAAACCUUUUAGAUGUAAUUUAGUACAGGAUCUUAGUAAUGAUGGUUAAUGACGGUCAGCUGAUACAUGUCACAAACAGUAAUAACAGUUAUGUAAGUGGACACGAAAUACGUUACUAGUGGUCUAGCAAUAAAACCUUUAGCGGUCACCUCAAAAAUAAGAUUUUGGAGGAAUUAUUUCCUUAUGUAAUUCGAGCUUUUAUUGGCGAUUUUUUUUUUUUAUCAAAACAUUGGAAUUAAAGUCUGUUAAGCUAUUUCCUGGGCCGUCGCUCAGUGGUUCGACCAAAAGCCCUUGGAAACCAUGAGUUUCGUGGCAAAGCAUCCCUCUCGGUAUAAGACAGCUGACCUCGUCACGAAAGCACGCACAGCAGCCGCACGUGAAGCACGUCACCUGCACACAGGCUGUGGCGUGCUCCUCGGUCCCUGCAUCGCGACACUGCAUUGUACACGCAGGUGUCCGUUAGAUGACGGUAUCACAUUGACCUCGUUACGUGCCCACUUGACGUUACCUCCACCAGCACCACCACCACCACCACCACAGACCCCCUCUAUGCUCACAACGUUGGUUAGAGAUGACUCCCAUAACGGUGUUUUCGGAGCUUUAGAAAACAAUUUUUCCGGAAAAUGAUACCCCGUCUUGAAAACCCGCCUGAUUUCCGAAAAAUGAGCAUUGUACCUUUCUUUUCUUUUUUAACGUAUCUUUGACGUCAAACAAGCGAAUACGUUGUUAUCCUGUAGGUAAGAAGAAGAAAAAGUAUAUGGGAUCGGCAGGAAAUCUUAAGCAAUCAAUGGCAUCAUAUCAGAUUACAGGUUCUGGAAAAAAUUCCACUUGGUUUUCAUCGCAGUGCAUCAAGCAGUAAAGGGGACAAAAUGAACAAAGGGAAGAUACAUAGCUGAACAUCCACUACUUGCUGUCCUUGCCUUGCAUUCGAAUCCCACUUUCGUAGACCAUGGUGGAUCAUGUUGAUGUUGCAGAUGCUGUCCUUCUCUAGCUUUCUUAUCCCACAUCUUAUUCUGCUGCUGACGUUGCCGACUGCUGGACGAGGGUACCCUGAUGGCGCACCAGAUAUGGUAUGCGUGUCCAUGGAGCCCACAGGUCACGGAGCGGGGUCGCAGGUCACAGAUCCCCCCUAUCGGCUAAUGGUGACCAGAAAAAGCUACAAGCCAGGAGAAACGCUGCAGGUGACUUUGCAGUCCAUCGGGGACAACUACUUCCGGGGAUUGAUGCUCCAGGCACGGUUGACCGGAUGUGACGUCAACGAAACCCAGACGAUAGGGGUUUUCACUACUGGGGAUAACGAGCUUCAGACGCGUCACUGCUUUGGGACUGUCCAUUCCACUGUGACGCACAAUUCGGCCAGUAGGAAGAGGAUGAAGAUCGUUUACUGGACAGCUCCUGUGGUGUCUUCAGGUCACGUGAUCAUGACGGCAACAGUUGUGCGUGAACAGCAGGAGUUUUGGACUCAAGUGCAGUCCCACGUGCUGAGUGACUUAGAAGCCGACUUCCCAGCUUACUGCCCACCCACUCUCCGGCCAGAUCCCCCCACAUCUCACUCCUCUUCAGAAUCUUCGUUAUCACUGCCAACGGAACCUUUCCUGACGUCAUUGCCAAGUCUCACACAGACGACCUUGCUUGUAGUCAAUCAGACUUCGGAUGAGGUCAUGUCAUCUCCUGCUGUCGUCAUGGACACAGAAGUUACGCAGACGAUGGAUCUCAACGACCACAACUUAGGACACAAAGAUGGGGGAACGCCAGAGAGAGAAAAGUCAGAGGACACGCAGAGCUUCCAGGAUGGCUGGGAACCUCGUUCGAUACAAAGAAGAAUUCUGCUUCCAAGAUGGACAAGGAGCAAAAAGUGCCGUCCUGGUUGAUCCCAGCCUUGCUGUCGGCGCCCAGUAACUCCGGGCACGGUCAGGGGUGUGACAUGACCGUUUCUGGGUUGACAGGCACUCAUGCUUGCUCUCGUCAUGUCCACGUGAAAAAAAAUCCCGUAAGGAUUAAUUAAGCUGCUUAGCGACUAACACUCAAUAAGUGUAGAUUAUAAUAAUCCUAAUGAAGCCUUCUACACUCUCACAUGUGAACUAAAAUUCGAUCGAAAUGUCUAGUUCAUGGCUCGAUCAAAGUUCUGUAUAUUGUGACAGUACAUUCAGCCACCUAUAUAUUAUCUGAUUAUGCCAUUCCGUUCAGACUCAGAUAAUAUCGGAUGAUUGGUUGAUCGUUUUAAUUUUCUUAUUUUGGCUUGUCAGCAUGGGCGUGAGUGAGUGAAAGAGAGAAAGAAUGUGUACCUAUGUAAGCUAGCAAACAUUCAAAACUUUUGUAUUUGAUUUCUGAGGAAUAAACAGUUUUCUUCAACUUAAGCUACCAAAUGAUUUAGAAAGGAUUAUUUAACUGGAAGACAAUUUUAAAACAUCUCAAAACCGACGCCAACUUAAAAAAAAUCUGUAGGUAUGAUUCGUUUACAUAACGAUCAUCCACACGCAUACACAGUCUUCUCCAUCAUUAAUUUCCUUAACGGAGGAGUGGUUCUUUAUACGAAAAUGUUAUUCUGGGCGAUUAGGAAAAAAAAGCAGCCACAUAAUAGAUAUCUAUUUUGGGAAAAAGUCUUCCCUGCCUCCUCCUAUAAUGAUGAAUCAUCGUUUUCAACCACUCCCCAAACAUCUUUUCUACCCGAUUACAAAAAAAGGGUACAUUUUGUAGAAACAUUUCCUUAAUACUUCCACUUUCUAUACAUAAAUUUUUUCAAGGAAAUGUUUGCCUUUCUCUUGCUAAUUAAAAGCAACAGUAAUAAAAAGAAACAAAUAAUACACCUCACUUGAUUUUAUGUCUAUGAGGCUUAAUUUUAAUGGUUUAUUUUUGCAUUAUGUUCAAAAAUCAUUGUCUGUUGAGAGAAGCUUAAUUAGUCAUGGCUUUUCUGAUGCAGUUGCAAAGAAAACAUUAACACUCGUGGUUUAAAAAAAAAAAAGUAGUACACGUAGUAACAUGGAAACAUAAUGUCUGUGGCAUGCAGUAAGAACCAUCACUUUUUUUAACAAAAUAUGUUUAGUGAACCACUUUAAUAUUGAAAAAGCCAAAUGUCAAAUUGAACAAACAUGUAAACAGCCAUAUCUGUUCAGAGAGCUUACUCUCCACUAUAUUACAAAGAAGAUGCAGCAUGAAAUAUUACAGCCUCA